CUUCAGCCUUUGUGCUUGCAUGGGCACAAACAUGGCAUGUACUGUAAUUAUUUCAUUUGGCAUAUAAAGACCUUAUAUGAUAAGAUAUAAGUAACCUUAAGACUGCUGCCAGUGACUGUGCACAGCACGAACUUGAGAAGUGCAGACACAAGAGAAUGAGGCUUCCCUGUGCUAUCUCUGAAGAUGAUUAAGGUUUAAAUAACAAGCAGCAGCCACCCCAGCAUGGGUUUUCUUACUCAGCACAACUGCUCCAUCAUUACAUGACCACAGCACUCUUCCCUUGCGGGAAGUACUUUUCUAAUUGCAGGAAGCAGCUCUAGGGAAUCCUUUUAAAUAUCGUGGUUUUUUUUUUUAAUUCUGAGCAGGUUGCCCCUCAGAGCUGUCUUCACAGCAUGUACUGAGCAAUCUGUUGCUUUAUUGCAAGGGCUUCUGGUUGCUGUGUCUAGGUAGGGACCACAGUGGCUCCUGGCAGAGCUGGGGAGUGAAAGCAAAUCUGGAUUUGUAAUUAAGGAGGUUGUAUGUUAUGGUAUUCCACUUGGUGUCCUGAAGAUAGUUAAGUUUGGUGUGAAGUAUCACAUUAAACACCAUAUGGGUUUUGACUUCCCAGUUAGUGUUGUGCUUCAUGUAUCUGUCUCUUCUUGGAUAGUAUAGAUCUGUAUUUUGUGUAUUCUUAAGUGGAGCCUGGCCUGACUUCCUAAAAGCAAAAUGAAAUAAUUUUAUGUAGUUUAUGCUAGGUUGUUUGGCUUGUUAAAUAAAAAGCUGGAUUCUUACUUUUCCUUUUUUCAAAUGGUUACUGACCACUGCAGAGGAGGUGAACUUUGAAAAGUUGGGCCUUGGAUUUGUUGUGUGGAUAGCAGUUAAAUUCUCAGCAAGGAAUUUCUCUGAGCUGUGCAUCACUUUUUGUGGAAUAUUCCUGGGAGUAACAGUCAAGAGGAAGAGCUAAAAAAAUCUUUUAAUGAUCUAAUCCUCACAGAGCUGUGGAGAAAAGUCCAGCUUUAGUGCAGGGGAAUUGACUCUCCUUAUGGAUUGAAGCUGUGGAAUGAUGGUUACAGUUGUGCAGGUCUUCAGACCUGCUAUCUGCAGACGUGUAAGCUUGAGUAAAAAGGUUGUGUAAUUGGCAUUGGCCUCAUCCAGACAUGCUUCUGUAACUGUGACUGCUGAAAGGAUCUAGCUGAUGUCUGGGAAUAUUUUUUUCUAAAGGUUUUGCUGCUGCCAUUCUGCUCUUAAAUCUUUCAGAGAAGCCAGACCCACAAAUAUAAGUAUAAAAAUACCUUUUGUAGAGUCAUUUAUGUUUUCCUGCAUCCAGAUGUGAUGGAUCCUGAGCCAAGAUCUACCCUAAGCAAACUUGUAGCAGUAAGAGGAAGGUUCACAAGGUUUCCAUGUUGUGUCCAUGUACAGUUACAUUCAAAUUCAGUAGAAUCAGUGUAUUUCUAUUUAAAGACAGCUCAGGCAUAGAUAAAUCUUGUAUCCUUGCAGUCCCAAUUGCUUGUGCCCUUGCCAUUUGUGUGUAUGUAGAUCCCCUUCUGUGUUUGGAAAACAAAAUGGCUUUCAUUCUCCUGGCUGCACCUGUAAUAAAAUCCAUAGAAAUCAAUCAAGAGUGGCUUGCAUGCACAGGAACCCUUGUGUAACACCUUCUUGCUGCUGUAAAUACUAAGUUAACAGUACGUGGGCCCAGUUGCUUGUCAGAACUCCUCCACCUUGCAAAUGAAACUUGAGCAAUGUAUUGCCAGCCAAAUAUUCACAAAUUUUCAGCAGAAAAAUGUAAAGCUUCCUAGGGUUUGUCACAGGUGAAAGCUGACCUAUUUCUUCAGUUUCAAAGUCUGUAAAUGGCUGUUAAGAUCAUUCAGUUAACCCAGAAAACUGAUCUUAUACAGCAUGAUCCCAUUUUUCAGCAUAAAAUGUGUUCUCAUUUAAAUUAUGGAAUAAAUGUACAGUUCAGCUGUUCUUGUUUUUACUUGGUGUACAAGAUCCUUAAACCUUAAGACUUACAGAGGCGAGACUAAUGCUGUAUUUGCAAAAGCUUUUUGGAUCAUUUAACAUGGGAUGGAGUGGAUCUUCUGACAAACAGGCAUGACUUGCACCAAAUCAUCCUUAAACUCAUCACAUGAACUUCCAGCUGUUCCCCCCCUCUUUCCAGUUUUGGAGGACAAGGUCUCAGUUAGAUCUUGUCUUUGUUAGGACAAGAUCUCCAACCCCAGGUAGUGCUUGGGUUGAGGUGUUCUAGUUAAAUUCUGCAUGGCUUGGAUUGACUCCUACAGGCACUUUCUGGUCUGCUGGGUGAAUCCACUGCCCUUCUUCACUUUUGUUCUUGUGACACCGUUCAUGGCAAGGGGGUGAAACUUGGUGAGGUCAUUAAUAAAUCCUCAGCUAAUUGUGGUCAAACAGUAAGAUGUCAGCUUUUCUUAUGUCCAGAGUCUCAGGCUGAAGAAGGCUGGCAUGCAGUCACAAACUCAAUUCAUGUGUAUUUCUAUGCUUAGUCUUAUGCUUAGCCCUCAGUUUUAUGGAAAAGAUACCAAAUUUGUAGAACUUAAUUUCCACUUCAAACUACAUUUUUUUCACAGAAUUUACCUUUGUAUUUAAAUUUAGUUUAUCAAGGUAAGAUAACCAACAAAUUUUUUUUUCUUUCAUUAAUGUCUGACAAUAUUCUCUUGAUGCCCAUUUCUCAAAGUUCAGGCAUCCUUGGAGUUUCUUUUCUUCUUAACUUUAGCACUCAAUAAAUAAACUGACACACAGCCAGCCUUGCCUAAAUGCAUUACAAUAUUUUGGUAGGUCAUUCUUCUCAAGCAUAGAUCCCACUGGUAAUGUAAAUACAGUGUAAUUGCAUCUUGCUCAUGAUAAGCAUAUUAAUAUCUUUCUGGUUUUGUUCUUGGGUUUCAUGCUUUUGUAAGAUAUAAAUUGCAUCUGAAGAGAUAAAUUGGAACUCUAAAAAAGUAAGAGGAGGCAAAACCAAGCAAGUUACUGUGCCAGUUAGGAAAUAGAAUAUGAGCUUCCCAGCUGGAUAUCCAGGAUCUUUUUUGAACUGUUUCUGGGAAGUGACAGUGGGAAAGCUCUCAAUUGAAGAUGUUGGCUUUGCUGUAGGGUUUUUAACUAUCUUUUUCACUGCUCUUAGUUAGGAAUAUUUAUUGAUACAUCCAUGUUCAAACUUUGGUCAUGCGUGUCAUAGGCAAAAUCCCUUUUAGGAACUGCAGUCAUCUCACAUAAGGGACAAAGGCAAAGCAUUUGUGGUUUAGUGCUGUUAAUUUGUAGUACAGAAAUUCCUCCUUCCUAGCCAAGGUACCAAAAUAAAAAAAGAAAAGAAACCAGAAAAUGGAACCUAAAUUCAGUAAUAUUCAUUUUCUCUUUACUUGCACUUUUUAAUAGGACAUUUUGUCAUCCCUUUGACUUCAAGAGAUAGAAAUUGGGUAUCUUAACUGUGUCAAAGUGUGCACUUUGUCUUAAAGUGCACGCAAAUAAAUUUCCUCUCAACAGCCACAUGAUGUGAGGGACUGUUAGAGGAGGAGUACCUGGGCUGCCCCUGUUGUCAGCUGUGAUGUGGAACCCGCUUUCUUCAAGUGUGCAUUGCAGUCUUUGGGCUGAACUAUGUCAGAGCUGUUAUUUUAGAAGUGAUGGUUAUUUUAAUAUUUUGUUCUCAAUAAGAAAAAGUGGUUGAAUUUUGUUUAUGAGUUGGUCUAAAAGAUAGGGGAUAGUUGGGGAGUUUUUAGUUGAGCUUCCCGAGCACCUUAGAGCAUUUAAAUGUGUAGAGUUGCUCGUUUUUCCAUUUUUGUGUGAGGCCAGAGAGAUAUUUAAGGUCAGGUAAUUGAAAUGAGCACUAGUUCUUUUUUCCUGUGAGGAAAAAAGUUAUUUUUCCUGUUCCUUUUUCCUUUGUUGUUAAUGUCUGCCUUGUUGAGAAGUACAGCCGGGUUAGUGUUAAACUUCAUGUGUGGCUUUUGCUCUUCCACAGACCUAAUGGCUCAUUCUUGUAUCUUCACAGCUUUCCCAUGGUUUGGCAUGGACAUUGGGGGAACAUUGGUCAAACUGGCCUAUUUUGAACCUAUUGACAUCACUGCAGAGGAGGAGCAGGAGGAGGUGGAAAGCCUGAAGAGCAUCCGCAAGUACCUGACUUCCAAUGUGGCCUACGGAUCCACUGGCAUUCGGGAUGUCCACCUGGAGCUGAAGGACUUAACCAUUUUUGCUCGAAGAGGAAACUUGCACUUUAUUCGGUUCCCAACUCAUGAUUUGCCUACCUUCAUCCAAAUGGGAAGAAACAAAAACUUCUCAACACUACACACGGUGCUCUGUGCCACCGGCGGUGGCGCCUACAAGUUCGAGGAAGAUUUUCGCACAAUUGGAAACCUCCAGCUGCACAAACUGGAUGAGCUUGACUGCCUUGUCAAAGGCUUAUUGUACAUAGACUCUGUCAGCUUCAAUGGCCAGGCAGAGUGCUAUUAUUUUGAAAAUGCCUCAGAUCCCGAGAGAUGCCAAAAGAUGCCUUUUAACCUGGAUGAUCCAUACCCAUUGCUGGUUGUUAACAUUGGUUCAGGAGUCAGUAUUUUAUCAGUCCAUUCCAAAGACAACUAUAAAAGAGUAACUGGAACAAGUCUAGGUGGAGGGACCUUCCUUGGGUUAUGCAGUUUGCUGACAGGCUGUGAAAGUUUUGAGGAAGCUCUGGAAAUGGCAUCCAAAGGAGACAGCACACAUGCUGACAAGUUGGUUCGGGAUAUUUAUGGAGGAGACUAUGAAAGAUUUGGUUUACCAGGAUGGGCUGUAGCAUCCAGUUUUGGGAAUAUGAUCUACAAAGAGAAGAGGGAGUCUGUCAGUAAAGAAGAUCUUGCCAGAGCCAUACUGGUCACCAUCACCAAUAACAUUGGCUCUAUUGCCCGGAUGUGUGCAGUGAAUGAGAAAAUAAACAGAGUUGUUUUUGUUGGCAACUUUUUGCGUGUGAAUACUUUGUCAAUGAAGCUUCUUGCAUAUGCACUGGAUUACUGGUCAAAAGGUCAGCUGAAGGCCUUGUUCCUAGAACAUGAGGGAUACUUUGGAGCUGUUGGUGCUCUGCUUGGGCUGCCAAAUUUCAGUUGAGAUCCCAGAUGUCACUACACUGAACUCUUUUCCACCUGAAUGACACUUGUUUAUGUCGAUGGGAAUCAAAUCUGGGGAGGGGAGGAGAAAAAAGCUGAUUUUCUGUAACUCUUUUUAAGAAGUGAUGAAGCUACUGAGUAUUGCUGUUGUAAGGAACGGGGUUUCACUCUGCUGGGCAUUGGCAAGUGAACUGUUUGUGGCUGUAAUUUAUGUUCUUUGGUACGUGUAGCCAGUAGUGAACUUCUAAUAUGCAAUACAUCCUCUGAAAACAACUUUCCAGAAAUUUCAGAAGAAGGAAUGCCAAACCCUUAAGUGCUCAGGAUGCAAAUAUUGCAGGUUUAGCCCCAAGGCUUUAGGCCCAUAAGGUUAUAUAUAGAAUUGAUGACUAAAAAAUUAUUUUCAUUAGUUAUACUGUUAUUGUGAGCACAAGAUUUAUGUGUUCUUACAGAAAACAAAAGACAGCCAGGUACUAUUUACAAGAUGAGGAAACUGUAGACAAUUGCUUCCCACAGUAAACAUAGUAAUUAUUUUAUUUUUAUGUGUAAUAUUAAUGCUUUAAUUUCCAGUGGGAAGAAUAGAAACACAGAGAGUCAGCCAAAGCAGCAGAUUAAGCAAUUGAUAUUUUGAAGGUUUUCUGAAGACACGUUAAUUUAUUGGAAGAUUCAGCUGGUAUUUUGGGAAGAUUCCUCUCUCUUUGUUUGGAUUUGGAAAUGAGUUCAGUGAUUAAUGAAGUCAGGUUUUAGGGGAAGAUUUUUUAAAUUUUUUUUUUGAGGACAUGAAUUCCAAAAUGCCUUCUGGAUUGGUUUUUUUUUUUUUUUUUUUGGUCUCAUAAGUUCUUCCAUCAUGAAUCAUCAUUUGUAAAGGUACCCUAAAGCCUGGGAGAAUUGAGGAAAUCCUUAUAAAAUAGACUAAUUAUGGGAUCUCAUAACUCUGAUGCUUUGGCUUAUUUCUGUAGAGGUUUGGGAAAAUUUUUGCCCCAUCCUACUGAUUUGAAGUUGUGAUUUCCCUGUAAUUUUGUAAGAGUUGAUCAGAAUUCAAGCAGAUGUUGAAGUUGAAAGGUUACUUUUGGAUUUGGAAGUUUGUUUUUGGAAGUUGAGGACAACAUCAGAGUUUGUAUUGCAGCAGCAAAUGGACCAAUAUUUAAUGCACUUGCAAUAUGGAACCAUUCAUCAAAUUGUGGCCUUGGGAUAAAAUCCAUGCUCUGGAACUGAUUUUUGGGGUUUUCUGUAGACUUUUAAAAUUUACAGUUAUGAUUAUUACAAUAACUUCAGUCCUGAAGCCAGGGCAUGAGAUCUUGAACUUACAGGACUAUCAUACAGUCAGUAGCUGUAUGACUUUUUGUGGACUAAAGCUACCCAAUUUUGUGAUAUUUUCCUGUUAAAUUUAUUUCCUGUAAGUGCAUGAGGAGCAACCAGACCCAGACAUGUUCAUAUCUUGGGGUUUAAGGUUUUUAAAACUGAUUGCUCGAGUAUUCCACAGCAUGGCUGUGUUGUAUUUACAGAUACAUCCCCCUUGUGUUAGAAACCCCUGUGCUAUUUUCACUCUUUCUCAAAAUUCAAAGCCCCAAACUAACAUCAUAGGGUUUUGCUUUUAAAAUUUUCUGUGGUCCUUUCAGAGUACAGUACCUUAGAGUAGGCAACUCAUUAAGUGCAAUGCUAAUCACAAAUGCAGUUCCAUUUAUUGUUGCUUUUCCUGGUACCUGUACUCCAUUUGCAUUGUGCUUGCUUUGAUGUUCCACUAUAGACAUAAACAACUAAAAAUUACACUCACAGUUCAGCUGAUCUAAUGCUAAAUCAGAGCACUUCAGAAAAUAAGUGAAUACAGGUUUUCUAGAAUGUCUUUAUAAAUGCUGUAAGCUGUUCCUUUUGAGUUAGGAUUGACUAUCAAAAGUAACCUUUCUUUGGUUAUAAAACUGUGUAUGAACUUAAUUUUCUGAAUGUUCUGGCAGCCUGCUGAAAAUUUUGCAAACUAAUAGCAUAUUUUACUCACAAAGGGUGCUUUAGGAGACAUACUACACUCCAUUAGAAACAGUUCCUUUAGCCCAUGUUUAUUGCUACUUCAGUUGUGAUACUCAGUCCUCUUGAAGCAGUAGUUAGAAGCUACUUGUAUAUUUAACCAAAAGCACAUAUAGAAGAUGAUUACCUAAUACCCAUAGUUCAUUAAACCAAUUGAAGUUCAUGUGACCUAACAUACAUUUUUUUUUAAGUAAACUGUACAGAGUUACAAAUAAAAUAAGCAAAUGGAGUAAUUCUUGAAUAGCUGUACUGUAUAGAAACUACUGUGAGAAUCAAAAAGUAUGCCCUACCUCUGUUUUAUUUCCCUUGAGCUUCUAAAAAAAAUUGGCUUUCUGUUGCUAAUUUUAUCAGCACAAUUGUUACUUCAUUACAAGAGCAACCACAGCAGUUGUCAAGCCCUACUGUAAAGCCCAGGGCUCCUGUGUUUAAGCCACAUCUUUGGGUUUCAUCUCAUUUUCUGUCAGCUCAGAACUUGUUACUAGAGUCUCCAAAGAUUGACUCUACCACCAGGAGAAAUGAUAGGCAUCACAAAUAAUUGCAAGAUAAGCCUUAAUGUCUUUUCUUCUAAAUUCUCUUGUAAACAGGUUGAAAAUGCUUGUUUCUUUUCUAUGAGUCACUGAAGUAAGUUGCUUUUUCCUGCUAGUCUGUUUUUACUUGCACCCUUGCCAUUUCUUUUCCUCAGAGCUAAUUGGCUGAAGCAGCUUUAGGGUGAAUUGUUUCAGUGUGAUGUAUUACAGUAGAGAAAAUUUGGGGUUUUCUCAGGACCACUGUGGUCUUCUCAAGUGGAAACACUUUCUAGAGGAAAGUUCUGUGAUAGUUCUUGGAAGUAAAAGUAAAAUCCAUUUUGAAUGUGUAAUCAUCUGCAGCUCAGUCAGCCAUGUGAGUGCCUUUUGAGUUUUUCAUAUAAUGCCAAUUUUAUGGUACUGGGACUUUAUCCAUGAGGCUUCCUAACCCAUACUACUUAACAGAGAAAUGGAAGGUAAUUUUAUUGACUGUGGAAAUGAUCCCUUUAAUCCAGUGUAGCAAGAGAUACCAGGAAAAAAAUCAUCAGGUUUCUGGCUUCCUAUCCCUGUAGCCCUUAGUCUUGGGGUAAGGAUUUUGCAUUUCUUGGUCUUAUCCCUCCAGCUUGGUCCUUUCAAGUAUUAUGCACAGUUUUAUUGUAUCAUUAUCUCCCUAAAAAUCAUGCAAGUUUAUAAUGAGAUAAGUACUGUUGAUUUCUGGGUAGAGAAGUUCAACCUUAGGUGAAGUUAUUCCAAGCUAUUACACAUAACCACUUUGACCUUUCUAAGUCUACUUGGGUAAUUGCAGUUUGAAUGAAAGAGGAACUCUGACAAUACAUCUUGAAUAUUUAACAGGCUGGAAUUAAAACAUCCUCAGUGUUCUUUAUUGAACUGAGCAGAGGUUUAAAUACAAACAGUUUUUCAUUUUUUUUAGUAAAGUCUUGAUACAUUUAGGAGUUAAGAGAGAAGCUGCAGUGAUGCACCCUGUGUCUUAGUUUGCUCAAGAGUUCCAAAGUGUGUUCAGGUGUCUGCCCUGCCUUUUGAAGAUGUUUAACUCCCUCGAGCACUUUGUGAUUCUGCCAGCAGGUGCUCAUAAUUGAGAGUUCCAGGGUGGAAAGAAGAGAAACCACCCACAGUGUCCCACUUGGCCUCAGCUGUAUUUGCAAAAGCUCUGCCUUCUCCUGAUGGAUCAUCUGCUCCUUCAGUGCUACUGUGACAUUCCUGCUUGCACUUGGGUUAGUAUAGAUGCAAGGUGCCUGUAAGGGCUGGAAUACUCUUUGUCUCUACCCAAUACAGGUUUUCAGGAAACACCUGCUUCCAGAUCCAUUGAAAUAACUUCUCAUUUCUAAGUAUUUCAAAAUAGCAAUGGGGUUUUAAUGUUUGGAACUAAUUAAAGGGUCUUUUAUCUAGAAUAGAUCUCUGCUAGAUAAAGAUUAGAUGGUGUCUUUCACAUCAAGUCAAUAAUUUUCAUUAAUUAAUAAAUUUGCAGUCAACCUGUUUUUAAAUAUCACUUUCAUUGUGGGCAUUCUGGAUACCACUGCAAUCCUGAGGAAGUGACUUCAGAUCAGAGGUGAAGGUCAGUGUGGUUCUGUUGAGCUACUUCUGGUCAGUUCUGGUUAGAACAAGACUAAUUCUUUCCCUUGUCUCUUAUCUACAUCUCUUUAUGUAGGCUUAAAAACCAUACAAUAUGUGACAGAGCUUUGCUGAGGUUAAAAAGUUACCAAACAUCUGUGGGUCAGGUUGGAAGUGUUUGAGCAAGGCCUGUGGGUCCCAGUGCAGAGCUGGGGACACACAGUUUCUGUUUGGGUGUGGUAAUUCUUUCACUUCCCAUUAAUGCACAGUCACAGCUGGUGGGUUUCACAAUCACUGUGAAUAAAAUGGGAGAAUUUAGUGCUCAGAUAUGACCAUGGGAGAUAAAAAAAAUACAGUGUAGAAGAAUAAUUCCUGCUCAAAGUUCUUUUAAGUUUUACCAAUGUAUCCCAAAAUACAUCACCAGUAUUUUGUCAACUGUGGUAAAAUCAGUAAAUCUCUUAAGUUAACAAAAGUCUGCAAAGAAGACUGUUUUAUUAGUUUCAUUUGCAUCACACAUGGAAAGCAUAUUAGGUAUUCUUAAAAACACACUUUUGAAAACAUCUCAGAUGAUGCUGUAAUAUGUCUGUAAUUAUUAAUGUGCUAAUGGAAUAUGUUUGAGCAAUCUCAGUUUGCAUAACUGAGUGUCAAAUCCUGCUCACUCUGUAGUUACUUCAGUAAAUCAUUCUUUUAAACUAAUGAGCAAGAUUUGGCCUCAAGGUCUUCUGCCUGGGGAACACAGUAAUGCUACUUCGCAUAUUCCUGCUGGUGCUAAAUCAUUUGUUGAAAAUAAAGAUUCUAAAUAGAAAUUGUAAAUAAAAUAUUUAUGGCCUGGUCCUUUUGACAGACUUAAAUUUUAUCAUUUGCCAAUACUUUUUGGCCUUAUUUUGAGUUUCCCUUUUGGGUUUGGUUUUUUUGACUGUGUGUGUUAAUGUGGCAAGUCAUUGGCAGGUGUGGCUUCCUGUGCUGCUUUAUGUGAGGCCCGUGGCACAUCAGGAGACAGAUGGGUUUUCAUAGCUGCAUUUCCAUGUCCAUCUUCAUCUUGUUUUGUUACUGUAGCUUUUUGCACAAAUUUGUGUCAAGUAGAACACAAUCGGCAUUUGUUCUCUGCUAAAACUUCCAAGAAUGUCAGCCACUACUGAAAGUGUUUAGGAAAGCUGUUGAAAAGUCAGAAAUACACAUUUAAAGUAUUUUUAAAUGUGUAUGUGCUAAUUAGUGUCACCUAUAAAAUGAACUGGAAUAUUGAGUGCUGGUUGCUAAUCUCUGCUGUAAAUUGCUGACAUUUCACAAUUCAUAUUUCUGGCAUCAGUUUAAGAAACUGUAAAUACAAGCUUUGGGAGGAGGUGUAUUAGUUUCAGAUUGUGCAUUAUGAAAGACUAGUGAAUUAGUAUUUUGAGACAUGAAAUUACAACAGCUAGAAUAUGAAAAUUAAUGUGUUUGUGUUAGGGUAUGGAGGGCUUUAGAUAACCUGCACUUUUACAUUCUUGAGUUUUGGCAUUUUACCAAACAAACAUUUAAUUUUUCAUUUACUGUCUCAUCAUAUGCAGGCCUUGUAAUCACCAGAUGCUGUCUUCAAAUAUUUGUUUUAGUUAGCAAAGCAGAGAGGCAAAUGUGUAACUUGUAAGCCCUGGUAGGAUGGAAGUUCUCUGAAGAGCCAUUUGGUUAAGUUGCCUUAUUCUAUUACAUUGCACUCAUGGUUUGUCUCUGCUUUCCUGUUUACUGUUCAGACACUGAAGAUGUGAUGUAAAAAUAUGUGCUACAAAUUUUUCAUCAUAAAUUACUCAUGAAUACCUUUGUGUCACCUGUUAAACAGCUCUUGUAAAUGAUGCCUUUAUGCCAUCUGUAAUACAGCUCUUGUAAAUUGUUUAAAUUAUUUUUCUUUUUAUAGAUUCUCAUUAUUGAAUGUACAGAUUAGAUCCCUUUAAUAUGUCACUGAGUAAUUUGAUUUGGGCCCAAAUAUGUACAAUGCUGUAAUUCAUCCCAUCAAAACUGUAAAUAAUUCUUUAGUGCUUGUUUGCAUGAGUGAAGUUUGGAUUUCAUUUGCUUUGUCAUAAACCAACUCCUCUGUCAUGGGCCUACUUUUUACAGUUUAUUUUCCUGGUUUUAUUGCCAUUUGUUCUGUACGAAUGUUGAAACAGUACUUUGUCUUUUCCUAAUAAAUAAUUUGAGAUUGUU